UCUACCGCGAAAGACUCUUUAUCUGCAUUGUAAUUUCGCGUCAGCUCUGUCACACCCUUGGGAUCACUCAGCUUGCUAGCGUCCAACACUCACGCAUCCAACACGAGAUGGGCAUCACCGGGGACGCCAUCAAGGCUCUGGCUCUCGAGCAUGUGGCUCUAAUGAGCGCCAUUUUCAUCGGAUCGCUUGCCCUCACAUUCGCUGUGUCGCUCAACAAGAACCAGAGAGAUCUAUACAGCGUUCAAAAUGGGAGGAAAGUGUUGAGCGAGAAGACAGUUCUCGUCGGUGGGCCAGACCGCUCUGCGUGGCCCUGGUUAACCGAAAUACGAGCAAGGUUCCGAUAUAUGCGCGCCGGACACAAUGAUAUGUUUGUAGCCUUCAAAAAUUAUUCGGGACGUAUUCUCAGGGCGCCGCUCGCAGACUACAGCUUCUUCGUGUUGCCGCCGGCAUACAUGGAGGAGCUCAAGAGUCUGCCGCCCACGACCAUGAGCUCGUCCAUCUCCGUCGAAGAGUAUCUGCUUGGUGGCCUUACGACCAUGAAAGCGCAUGAUAUGCUGGGCGACAUCACCUGGCAGGUGGUGCGCAAUCACCUGACGCAGAAAUUGGACAAUUUGGUUGGGCCGCUGGCGGAAGCAAAUAGGAACGCGUUUCAGGAUGAAUUGCCAGAUUGCUCUGAUUGGACGCCGGUCGUUGUGCACGACGUGUUUCUGCAGAUUGUAGGACGUAUGACCGGGCGCACUUUCGUCGGCGAGAAGCUUUCAACGAACAAGCUGUUUUUGGACACGUACAUCGACUUCGCGACUUGUGUGUUUGUUGUUUCGAGCUACCUCAAGGUCCUUCCAGCGUUUCUUAGACCGUUGUUUGCGCCAAUUAUCCCGGAAUUCUGGAAGAUCAAAAGAAUACACGCGAACAAUUGGAAGUUGCUCGCACCAAUCGUGAAGGCUAAAAAGCAAGAGCCGAAAGAGCAAGCCGAAGAAAGAAAAGCAGCUGGCGACGGAGACAUGCUCGACUGGCUCCUCGAAGCCUCAGGUCCCAACGCGACAGUCAAGGAGAUUCUUACGCGACAGUUGGGAAUCGGAUUCGCCGCCAUCCACACGACGACCAAUCACAUGACCAACUGUCUCUACGAUCUAGCAUACCGUUGGGAUGAGUAUGCGCCGCCGUUGAUCGCCGAAUACCGCGAAGCUCUUCGAGAGACGGAUGGCGUUCUGCAGAAGCAAACUCUGUCCAAGCUUUCCAAGCUCGACAGCUUCAUGAAAGAGUCUAUGAGGUUGAACCCUCCAUCAUCACUCGCCUUCAACCGCAAAGUCCUCAAAGACCACACGCUCAGCGACGGCAAAGUCCUGCCCAAAUCGUGCUGGAUCGCCGUGCCCGCGGGUCCUCUGAUGCUGACAGAGAGUCAGUUCCCCAACCCACACGUAUUUGACGGAUUCCGGUAUCAUCGCAUGCGACAGGAAGGUUCUGAAGAGUCCAAGACAGCUGCCGCCAAAACAAGUCAGUUCACGUCCACCGGACAAUACAGUUUGGUGUUUGGACAUGGACGCUUUGCAUGCCCUGGCCGCUUCUAUGCUGGCGUGGAGAUCAAGCUGAUGCUCAUCCAUGUGCUCGAGAAUUACGAGCUCAAGCUACCCGAUGGCUCAGGCCGACCGCAGAAUUUCCAUUUUGCGGACGCAGGAAUUCCUGACCCUACCAAGCAUGUGCUUUUCCGCAAGUUGAAGGGUUAG